AUGACCUCUGAGAUUGGCGGUCGCUUUAGUACCCCUCCACCGAGCUCAGUCCCUAUAACCAGCUUUUCGAGCUCGCCAAGGAACCUGUCUUCCCCGCAGAUUGUCGACGUCGCCGUCGACGACCUCUCAGACGAAUCCGAGUUCUCGUUGCUAGGCUCAUUAAGCUCGCGCACGCCCAGUAUCGUAAGCUUCUCGAGCGGUGCUAGCAAUCCCAGCGCUCCUCAGACUGCGGAGCAAUCUCCAAUGCGUUAUAUUGCCAGCGACUCCAUUUCGAGCAUGGGCGGUGCUGAUAACGUCCAGCGGACACAGCGAAAACCGAAUGUUGACACGACACCAAUCAUAACGCUACUCUCCCGCGCAACUUCGAGGAGGAGCCAACAAGCAUCGAGCGCUUCGGACGCUAGUCCCACCGCUACCACAAAACCGGAGGGUUCUUCACCUCCAGCGGUUGAAUCACAGCCAUUCCACAGCGCAGCGGAUGCCUUAUCUGAUUCAAGCUCACGACUCGGAGCGACGCUAUCGCCAGACGCACAUCACUUACAGCCUUCUUCGGGUUCGACCACGGUACUAUCACCUACGUCUAGCGAGGAUAUGCGCGUCUGGCCGGUGCACCAGCCCAGCUCGACGAAUGGCGGAAGUCAAUAUCGUUGGGGAUGGUCAUGUCACAUUGACGAAUCCCCGAUUUUGAACAUCCAUGACGUAGGCAUCACCAAGGUUGCCACCUAUGGCUCUCUCAAUGCUUCGUCGUCCAAUCUGCCUUCGUCGCUUCCGACGUCGGUGACUUCGAUCUUCGACGUUGAGGCUCCGACAUCGACUCAGACCAGUGAUUCGGGAGAAGAAGCGGCAUUUAGUCCCCGUGGCGCCUCCGUAAAGGCGUCAUCAGAAGGGACAGGUUCACCUUCGAGCCCUUCGCCGCCGUCUGUCCUGGCGUCUAUCGUUUCCAUGAAGCCCUACCUCAGCGCGGAGGGAGCAGAGUGUGAUAGUAGCAUUGCAACUAGCGAUGCCGAAACUAUCAGGCCGGGAUACAAGGGGUCGGACCGAUCCAAUACCUCCAUCCUCGCCGGUCUGCCCCCUCCAUCUCCUCCGCUUGCCCCAACCAUGGGCAGUGCCUCCGCUAUACCCCCGUUGGACCUCCACAAGCCUCAACCCGUUGUCGCAUCUGAGCGCCAGGAAUCACCAACUUCGCACCCGUCCCGCCCAUUGCCCGUUCGCUUGUCCAUAGUCGGCGAGUAUCCCCAGCAACGGGUAGAUCCUGUGAAUCAACACGCCAGUCCCGUCAAGACCGGAACGUCACGGCCUUUCCCUAGGAUCGGCUUCAAUCCACCACCGUCGGUACGCUUUGAGGAAGAGGAAAACCUGGGAUCUGCAUCCCAGUAUCCUCAAUUCUCAGAGUUGAACGACCGUGACGCUAAGGCUUUAACGAAUGCUCUUGCUCGCCUUGUUUUCUCUGCUCAGAGAAUGACGCUAAACCCGCCCAACCCCCCACCAUCCGACGGAAAUGAGACUCAAGAGCUACACAUCGGGCGCCGCGAUGGGGAAAGCGACCAGCACCAAGGGAAGGAGUCGUCGUCGGAGUGCGGGGUUGACAGCGGAUCCUCACAUCCAACCGCCAACGCAGUACAGCCACCGCCAACCUCGCUCCCAUCUCACCCUUCGUCAUUGUCGGCAAAUGGCCUACCUGGCGCCCAGCCUCGACGUUACACAGUAGAGUGUGAGACGGAAAGUGAAGAUUCGUUUUCCUCGUCUGAUUCCGAGGCUGCGCCUUUUGAAGAAGCACCUUUCGAGGAGGCAUCGUUCCAUCACUACAACGUCGCUCCUAUCCCUUCGUCGACCAACGAUUUAACCUCGCCCGGACCCCACAAAGCCACCUCGACCUCUAUGUCGCAGGCCGGAAGCUCCAUUGAACGUCACCUUUCACCACCCACGUUGGAAACACCUGCCUGGAGUCCAACUUCUGGCGAUUUCCGAGUUCAAAAUUGGGACCCUUACCCCGAAUUCUGCGACUUUGAACGUGACUUCCGUUGGUUCGAACCCCAUGAUACAGCGGUCAGUGACGCCGUCGAACUUGCCAGCCCUGUUGGAUUUGUCCCUCCGUCUCUGACACAGAUGCCAACCAUGGGAGACAGGUUGACUCCGGAUUGGAGGGUUCAAGGAUCUAGCAACGCGAAUAAAGGUAGAAUCAUUUACGCCAAGAGCACUGCCGGCGCUACCUGUGGCAGUUCUGUUAGGUCGGCCCUCUCCCCUCCCCCUUUCGUCCCUCCUUCAUAUGUCGCAUCUUCUGACCGCUCUUCGAUCCCAAGCUCGCCUGAAGUUGCUGCGGCUAUUCGGCGAGCGACCGUCAUUUCCCCAUCCUCCCCGCCGUUCUCAACUUCUUCCACUCCGUCAACCAUCCCUAUGGCCGCUCCACCUACUGUCACCUUCCGUGAAGGACCUCGCGUUCGGAUUUGGAAUAAUGUUGUCAGUUACCCCGGCGAGAGCAGUAGUGGCACAGCCAGUACUUGUGACACUCCCCCUCCGCUUUCGGGUGUAUCCCUGCAACACAAUCACCUGGCCGCGAAGGAAGGGACGCAGUUGCCUUCAUGGACCGGCACCUACUACUCAUCGGCAAGCACAACUACCGAGCAGUCAUGCAUCGCGCCAGGAUUGACCGUUCGUCCUCCGACACCCACCGCGGACCUCUUCUCAUGGUCAGGGCUCCUUUCUACGGAGUCACCAAAGACGUGCAGGCCUUUCGCUCCAACCGUCGCCCAAUCGGGAGGUGAUAAGGCCCUUGACAAAAAUGAGGGCACCCCCGCCAAACCAGCGGCAGGCGUUUCCACUGCCGGACCGCCUGCUUCGGGGUACGACCAAGCGAGGGACUCCUUCCACGAUGCCGGGGUGCGAGACGGACCUUCAACAUACCCCGCUGGCCCUGCAGUAACGGCGCCCAAUCCUCCUCCGCUUCCACAGCCCAUUCCCACCCAGCCUCUUGCACACGUUCCAGGGCAGUGGGGCGCUCCUGUAGGUUGGCAGGGCACGUGGGGCCCCCAGCCAGGUCCUUUCGGCCCACAGGCUCAAGUGCAACCGAAUUGGAACUCCUGGCAAGCUCGACCCGCGACGGCCAUUUCUCGAGGUCUCUCCUGCCUCCCUAACCCAUAUGGGAAUACCCCGUUCAUGCCGCCCCCGGCACCUGCUCUCGGUCCUUCGAGCCUGCCUUAUGGAACGUCGAGUUUGCCUCAGAGGACGAUGAACCUGCCGGCUUCAUAUCCCUGGCAAACCCCUGGGACGAUGUAUGGUGUUUCUCCGCCGUCGGCGAGUUACUUUGGACAUCACUAUCUCCCCACGCCCCGCAUGCCCGCUCCUGUCAAUGCGGCCGCAACCCUGAAUGCGACGGCAAGAUGGGACAGCGCUGCGCUUUCCCAAACAGCGACAGGAUCGACGUCAUCGAGGUUCUCUUUCUCUGACUCUACAAUUACUUUCUCUGUCGAAGAUAAGGAAUACCGUGUCCAUCGUCAUUUCUUCGAGCAGCAUUCGACCUUCUUCAAAGAGUCGUUGAACUCCACGCCUGUGCAAGAGCGCAUUGUUCUCCAGGGGUCCUCGACGGACUUUGAGAGGUUGUUAUCGUUAUUCUAUCCUUUACUUCGGAAGAAUGGACUUCGAUCCUCAAACUGUCCACUGAGUGGCGCUUCCCGCAAUUGCGCCAGCGAGCUAUCAAGGAACUCUCCUCCAUUACGACACCAGUCGAACGCAUUCGACUCGCUGCAGAAUACCACAUCCCUGAAUGGAACUUGUCAGCGUAUCGAGAGCUAUGUCUGCGAGGUCGUCCUGUGA